AUGAAGUGGUCUGUGUUCCCUGGAAACAUUUGCCUCGCCAAAGUCAUGUUGCUGAUGCUGAUGAUGAUGUUGCCAAGUUUGCAAGAGGAGGUCCAUGAGGUGGUGGUGAUGCUUGUGGAUGUGGUGAUGGUGGUUGAGGAGGAGGAGAGAGUUAUUGAUGUGGUUGUGGAGGAGAAGGAGGGAGUUGUUGAUGUACUCCUCUCUGUUGUUUUACUCCUCAUCGUCAUAGCACUGACGUCCGUGGUCGUACACCGCUCCGCCACAACACAAUUACGAGCAAUCAAGGAACCAACUUUAAGAGAACGUUUCCCUGGCUACUUCCGGUAUCCGGAGGAACAGACCGCUUUCGAGAAGCUUGAUCGUCCAUCAACCCAAGUGACGUCAUUUCCUAAUGUGACCCUGAGCAGUGUGUCCCAGCAGUGUUCUGCUCUUCUCCCCUCCCCUCCUGUGCCGAUUAGCCCAGCGGAGGAAAUAGAACACAACGCCUGUUGCACAACGAAGGCCUCCUACAUCUCGCCCCAGUACUGGGUGGAUAUAGCCAAUAUUAACAGGACAAUGGCUGUCUUUCAGGAUGAAGUACGCGUAGAAGCGAAGCAGUUCUUCCGUACAGAAUCAUGCAAACAAAAAGAUGGAUGCGACAUCUGCGCGUGCUCAGUUAAAACAACUUACGUGACUGGAGUGUGGAUGACCGGAUCGGAAUACGGGGUGUCCUGGUUUGCAAUUGACGGGUGCUGCAAGUGUUUAAACACUUGACGUGGUGAUGAACAGAACGAUUGCCAUGCUACUCAUCAUUAUUCAGAAUGUACCUGAAACAUUUACCAGAAACACGUUUCAUUUCAUUACAAUUUACGAUUUGUUUUUAUUUGUUUGAUAUCGUACACAGGAAAACGUGAAGGCAAAAUCUGCAAGAUUUUCUAAUGGUUUCACAAUGUAUCCACCGUGAAAGGGGCAUUAUUUUCCCUCCAUGAACAACCCUGUCUUAGUAAUAUUAUGGUAAAUAUCCUCAUAAGAAAAGUAUAAUACUUUAUAGAUAACAACUUAUGGAUACAACAAUAGCUUUCGGUAUAGCUUUCGUUAUAGCUUUGAAGCUAUACCGAAAUGUCGCAUCAUAAUAACAUAAAGAAGUUAUUAUCCAUUAAGUAAUAUACUUUUCUUAUUAUUCAUCAACUUCUAAAAUGCCAAAUAAACAGGUAAAUAUCCUCGACCAAUUACCGUCAUACCUUAGACAUUUAGAAAGUGACGUCACCAACGGAAUCUGUCUCUUAGCACAGUAUAUCGAUUGCUUCAGGGAAUAGUAUUAUAUGGGCGAUGCUUUUGAAUCAGGCUCAAAACAGAACGAUUUUGGCUAAAGGGGCAAGGGUAUUUAUACACACAAAGAACUUAAUUAAGCACCCCCUAUAAUUUUGCAAUGACAGGUUUUCAACACUUCUAUAAAACUUCUCGUGGUGACCACGAUGGAAAUACAAUGCAGUUUUUCCGACCCGUAUGAUCCUUUGACUCAUAAAAAACGACAAAAUAAUUGGAUUUUAUGAUGAUAAUUGCUCAUUUUUAAAAUAAACAAUGAUUUUCAUGCAAAAACAUGUCUGUACAAGUAAGGUCCUGGGAUGUUUAAUGUUGAAUUUAUUGGUCAAGGGUAUUAAUAGUUAUAUCUGAAAAAUA